AUGAGCAGCAGCAAAUACUUUGCCCUUGGGGGCGCCGCCGACGACAGCGAGUCGACACAACGCUUCUUCACACGCAACAAGUUCCUUCCAUCUCUACCCACCAUGCUCCCCCACCGCCUGCGCCGCAAGUUCCGCAGCACACGCUCCAAGAUCCGCAGCAGACAAACGCCCACCUCGUCCAUCUCGGCCCUGCAGACCAGCUUCAACCCACGAGACACGCUGCGUUCGCUGCGUGACCACCACUGGUCCGUCUAUGAUGCUCAAUACCUCUUCCUCGCCGUCGUCGGCAUCUUCGCCCUCUGCGUCAUCCAAUCGCCUGGUCCCAUGGUCAAGACUGCCGUGGCUACGCUGUUGAUGCUGUCGCUGCUGCUGCCCGUCACCCGCCAGUUCUUCCUGCCAUUCUUGCCAAUUGCCGCAUGGCUCGUCUUCUUCUUCUCUUGCCAAUUCAUCGAUGGCAAGUACAGACCUCCAAUCUGGGUUCGCGUGCUGCCCGCUCUCGAAAACAUCCUCUACGGCGCAAACUUGAGCAACAUCCUCUCGGCUCACAAGGCCGUCGUCCUCGAUGUCCUCGCCUGGUUGCCUUACGGCAUCACCCAUUUCGGUGCUCCCUUUGUCUGCUCCGGUCUCAUGUUCCUCUUCGGCCCUCCCGGAACUACUCCCACUUUCGCAAGAGCUUUUGGUUACAUGAACUUGACCGGUGUUAUGAUUCAGCUCUUCUUCCCCUGCUCGCCGCCGUGGUACGAGAACAUGUACGGCCUCGCUCCUGCCAACUACUCUAUGCAAGGCUCUCCCGCCGGUCUUGCUGCCAUUGAUAAGCUGUUCGGUAUCGACUUGUACACCUCCACUUUCACCGCCUCGCCCAUGGUUUUCGGUGCUUUCCCCUCGCUACACUCUGGAUGUGCCACCAUUGAAGCCCUGUUCAUGAGCCACACUUUCCCCAAGCUUCGCCCCUUGUUCAUCAUCUACACUGGCUGGCUCUGGUGGUCCACCAUGUACCUUUCCCACCACUAUGCUGUCGAUCUCGUCGGUGGCAGCUUGCUUUCCGCCGGUGCUUACUACAUCGCAAAGGGCAAGUUCCUGCCCAGACUUCAGCCUGGCAAGAUGUUCCGUUGGGAUUACGACUACGUCGAGGUUGGAGAGGCUAGAGAGAGCCAUGCAUAUGGUCUCACCGACCUGGCCGAGGAUGACUUCCACCCGGCCAACUUCGGCAUGGAUAGCGGCGAUGAGUGGACCAUCGGCUCUUCGUCUUCGAUCGCCUCCUCGAGCAGAAGCCCUUCGGUUGGUGCAAGAAGCCCUGUCGACGAAUCCUGGGAGGGCGACACCCUAGCUUCCACCUCGGACAACGAUUCCCCGACAUCAAGACAUGGCGGAAGUUCGCAAGCAAGCAGGCGCAAACCGGUUUCAUUCUUUAUACAUCACACAACCACGACCAUGGCACGCAAAGCAAUCCAAAGAGAUCAAAUUGUCAAACUCAUCGUCGGCGCCGGCCAAGCCUCCCCUUCGCCGCCGGUCGGUCCGGCUCUGGGUUCCAAAGGUGUAAAGUCGAUGGAUUUCUGCAAGGAAUUCAACGCCCGCACCGCCUCCUACGUCCCCGGCACCCCCGUCCCCGCUCGCGUAACCGUCCGCCCCGACCGCAGUUUCACCUUCGAACUCCGCACCCCACCGACCGCCUCUUUGCUGCUCAGCGCAGCAGGCGUGGAACCCAAGAAGAACAAGCUUCGAGGUGCGGGCAAUGUCGCAGGUCCGAACUCAAAGGCUGGAUUGGCUGGUGUGGGUAAAGCGUCUGGAGGGCAAUUGACGGCUGGCAAUGGAGGGUUGGGCGUCGUGGGGACGGUGAGCUUGAAGCAUGUGUAUGAGAUUGCGAGGAUCAAGCAUGGAGAGGAGAGACUAGGGGGUUUGAGUCUGGAGGGUGUGGCGAGGAGUGUGGUUGCGCAGGCGGGGAGUAUGGGGGUUGUUGUUGUGCCUUGA